AUGCACUUCCUUGGUCCGUUACUCGCAUGCGCAUUGUGGUUUAGAUCAGCUGCUGCUUGGCCUCAGGGACUGUGGUCCAGGUACGAUGGCGAGGUCCUGGAGAGGGCCUACGGGAAGGCUCUGUUCUCCCCGAAGGUUGUCGUCGUUAGCAUGUUCUCGCCCGAGGCGGAAGUGUGGUACGGAAUCCCGGAGUUCAACAUCUUGGCAAUCAACAUCUCCGUCCCCGGCCUCUCGAUGCUGUACCCCGACGUUCACUGCACCGCUGACGGCGAGAUAUGCCAGGUGACGACGGGCGAAUCCGAGAUCAAUGCGGCCACGACCAUCGGCUCCCUCGUCGCGUCGCCGUACUUCAACUUCUCCCAGACGUAUUUCAUGAUCGCGGGCAUCGCUGGCGUGAACCCGGAGGUCGCCACGCUCGGAUCCGUCACCUUUGCAAAGUACGCCGUCCAGGUCGCCCUGCAGUACGAAUUUGAUGCCCGCGAGAUGCCUGAGAACUUCACCACGGGUUAUGUGCCCUUGGGCGCCACCGCGCCAGGCCAGUAUCCCACGUCAAUCUAUGGCACUGAGGUAUUUGAGGUGAACGAAGCUCUGCGAGACUUGGCCAUAGCAUUUGCCAAUGCCGCCGACCUGACCGACUCGGACGCCGCAGUUUCCUAUCGUGCGAAGUACGCCGCAGCGACAAGAUACGCCGCGGGUGCGACAGGCCCGAGCGUCGUCCCGUGCGACGUCGCCACCUCGGACGUGUACUACUCCGGCACGCUCCUCUCCGAGGCGUUCGCAAACACCACCACGCUCUUGACGAACGGCAGCGGGAUCUAUUGCACGACCGCGCAGGAGGACAACGCGAGCCUCGAGGCGCUCCUCCGCGGCGCGAUGCAUGGGCGCGUCGACUUCAGCCGGAUCAUCGUGAUGCGCACGGCGAGUGACUUUGACAGGCCGUACCCCGGCGAGGCGGCCUCGUUCAACUUACUCUGGGCGGACCAGGGUGGGUUCGAGCCUGCCAUUCAGAACAUAUACAAGGCGGGUAUCAAGGUAUUGGAGGGGAUCAUCGAGGGCUGGGAGGGGUCCUUCAAGAAGGGCAUCGCGCCGACGAAUUACGUCGGGGACAUAUUUGGCACUCUGGGCGGCACGCCCGACUUUGGGUGA